UCGUAUGCAGGUUUGACGUAAUUUAUCCAUAUCCGGUUGUAAAUAACACGUAGCAUAUACCGUAGGAUUACCUUGAUAUUUUCAUCACCUUUUAAGAAUAUUCACAACAAACAUUCACGUCCAUAGGAUCAGUUGUUAGAAGGUAUUAAAGAUGAAGCACAUAUUGUGUGUGUUUGUGAUAUGUAUGGUGUUGCAAGGAAUUGUUUGUCCCCCUGUAAAUCCUAACCCUCAACCCAAAGAAAAAGAUAGUGAAGCUGAUCAGGACACUGGCCUUCAUUAUGAUAGAUAUCUGAAAGAGGUUGUUAUGACUUUAGAGGAGGAUCCAGAAUUUAGGAAAAAGUUAGAGGAGGCUAAUGUGACUGACAUUAAGUCUGGAAAAAUUGCCAUGCACUUAGAAAAAGUAGCCCACCAUGUGAGAGAAAAAUUAGAUGAAAUUAAACGAAAGGAAGUAAACAGACUGCGGAUGUUAGCCAAGGAGAAAAUGAAACAAAUGCAGGGUACGGAUGUAUUGAAAUUGGUAGCUCAGUACGGAGGAAUUCAGAAGAUUGAUGAAUCAGUCUUGCACCAUGUAGAUGUCCAGAACCCCCAUUCAUUUGAAAUGAAAGAUUUAGAAAGACUUAUUCAAAAGGCAACAAAAGAUCUAGAUGAAUUGGACAAACAGAGAAGGGAAGAAUUCAAAACUUAUGAAAUGGAGAAAGAACAUGAAAGACGAGAACACCUUAAGGAGUUACCAGAGGAGGAGAGAAAGAAAGAAGAACAAAAACAUGAAGAGAUGAAGAAAAAACACAGGGAUCAUCCUAAAUUACACCACCCUGGAAGUAAAGAUCAGUUGGAAGAGGUCUGGGAAAAAGACGACCACCUCGAUAAGGACGCUUUUGACCCCAAAACCUUCUUCAUGAAGCACGAUUUGGAUGGAAACAGGUUACUUGAUGAGGAAGAAAUUGAAGCAUUAUUUCAGAAAGAGCUGGACCAAGUGUAUGACCCCAAUAACCCUGAAGAUGACAUGGAGGAGAGGUAUGAGGAAAUGUCACGCAUGAGGGAGCAUGUCAUGAAGGAGCUGGAUAAAGACGGAGACAAACUGGUCAGCCUUGACGAGUUCAUGCAGUACACAAAAUCUGAGGACUUCAACAAAGAUGAGGGAUGGGAUACCCUUGAAAAUGAGGAUCAGUACACUGAGGAGGAGCUGAAGGAGUAUGAGAGGAUGUUAAUGGAGGAGGAGAACAGGAGGAGACAACAGGGGGCGUUUGACAGCCACGCUCAGCCAGGAGUCGUGAAUCAGCCACCUCACCAAGGAAAUGUUCAGGAAAUGCAGAUGCCUCAUGGUGGAAUGCCCCCACAAGGUGGUUUCCACCCUCAAGGGGGAAUGCCCCCACAGGGUGGUUUCCACCCUCAAGGUGGUAUGCCUCCACAAGGUGGAAUGCCCCCACAAGGUGGUUUCCAUCCUCAAGGUGGUAUGCCCCAACAAGGUGGACAGUUUGAACAACUACAUCCUGAUCAAGUAGCAGCCAUUCAGCAACAGGCACAACUUCAUGCACAGCAACAAGCCCAGUUCCAUGCUCAACAACAAGCACAUGCUCAACAAGCACAAUUACAUGCUCAGCAACAAGCACAUGCACAACAGCAAGCUCAGCUCCAUGCACAGCAGCAACAACAAGCCCAGGCAGGGGGACAACAGCCACCCAUAGGACAACAGACAGGUGAAGGCCAUCCAGCAGCACAGGCAGGUCAAGGUCAACCACCAGUUCAACCAGGUCAAGGACAACAGCCCGUCCAAGGUCAACAGGGUCAUGUUGACCCACAGCAUCAAGGACAGCCAGCUGUCCAGCAAACUGGACAGGUCCCCGCUCAAGGUCAGCAGCAACAAGUCAAUCAGCAGCAACAAGGGCAGCAAAAACAGCAACAGGGCCAGCAGGAGCACAAGCCUGUGGCUUAAAUGGGCUUUUGGUUUUACCUGUUAUAGUGGACUAGCUUUAAGUCUGUUUCAAAGAAUAUUCAUGAUAAGUCACCUUCAUGUAUUCCAUGAUCACAUUCAUGAAAAUCCACCUUUAAAAUGUCAUCAGAAUGGAAAGUUAAAUAUUUUCAGAUGUUCAGGAAAAAAUUUAAGAAUUAUAUGGUGCUAUUUUAGAGAAAUAGUCAAAGAAAUUAAUUUAUAAUUAAUGAAUAUAUACAUCUAAACUAUAUACAUCCAUAACUGAAAGAUGGAAAUGUGUUCUAAUUAUAGUUAUUGUACAAAGUCUUUGAUAAGAUUGCUUGUAAAGAAAAAUACCAAAUGUGACGAGAAGAAUUUUCAGAAAUAGAUUUUUGUUGUGGUGCCAAACAUCAUAUGAAAUCAGCUUAGCUUAUGGUCAUUAUUAUGUCUAAGAUCUAGUCAGUUGUAAAUUUCAUAAUUGAGGCCCAUGUAUUUAAUUUUUUUUUUUGAAAACACAUACAUGUAUAUUAAAAGAAAGGAAUUUUAGUUGUCUGAAAGUGAUAUCUCAGAAACAUAUUUUAAUAUAUUAUAGUCAUUAUGCUUUAGAGAAGAUACCAUUAAAUUAGAUUUAUUUAUUUGGUUUAUUAGUACCAUGUAAAAGGAUUUCUCUUUUUUUUCUAUUCAUAGAUUUUAUCUGAUAUAAGAUAUCACUAAAAUGGUAAUUUAUGGUAUUUAUUUUGUCCUAAAUAUUGCCUAAGUACCAGACAAGGAAAGUUAUCAAGUCUUCAUUUCUCUAGCUUGUUAGGAUGCUAGGAAAUAGAACAUUUGAGAAUUUUCCACUUCAGAUAUAAUGAACAAGAAAUACAGCAAAUUUAGCUUAGUUUUAAGGACUUUGCUUUAUUUUUUCAAAAAAUAAAUGUAUUGUUUUUCAGCACACAGGGGCUUCAUUUUUUCAUAUUUAUGUAACGAGUUCCAAAGGCAUUAGACUUUGUUGUGAUCAAAUAUUCAGAAAAUUUUGAAUACGAUUAUGAUUUUUUUUUUUAUUAUGUGCAGUGGGGUUUCCAAAGAGUAAAAUGUUAUUUGAGUACAAUUAGAUGGAAGUUUCUUUAUGUUUUUGAAAUAAUGUAUUGCAAAGAAUGGUAUAUUUUGAAAAUCGUAAAACCAACAUGUAAUUUUUCAACUAACUCUGUUCUUAAUAUUAAUUUGAAAUUUAUAUGAAUAUUUGUUGAAGGUAGUUAAAAUAUAGUUUACAGAAAUCAAUCUUUAACAGAGUAACUGAUAUUGUAAAUUACUUUCAAUGCAAAUUUUCAGUCUUGGUCAAAAUUUCUUCUGAAAAAAAUUAGGCACAAUUUAUUUUGAAGUCUGUUGUAAUAAUUUGAGCUAUAUGUUAUCCCUCGAUUUUUUUCCAAUAAGCCCUUUUGCAGUGCUGGUAGAAUGUUGUUUAUUUUUGUAUUGUUAAGUGUUUAUUCAGUGUCAUAUCUUGUUUUUGUUUGUGGAUGUUAUGGG